ACAAUGAAGUUUCUCAGUUACGUUUUGAUUUAUCGCCGGCUUCUCCUCAUUCUUUCCACUCUGUUGCUUUUACUACCGCUGCCUAUCAUCCUCCACAGCAAGGAAGCACAAUGUGCUUACAUACUCUUCGUUGUUGCCAUAUUUUGGCUCACGGAAGCUUUGCCUCUGUCGGUAACGGCUUUGCUGCCUGGCUUGAUGUUCCCUUUGCUUGGGAUCAUGCCUUCUAGUCAGGUGGCAUCUGUUUAUUUCAAAGAUUUUCACUUACUGCUAAUUGGAGUCAUCUGUUUAGCAACAUCAAUAGAAAAAUGGAAUUUACACAAGAGGAUUGCUCUGAGAAUGGUGAUGAUGGUGGGUGUGAACCCGGCAUGGCUGACGUUGGGGUUCAUGCUCAGCACUGCCUUCUUAUCCAUGUGGCUUAGCAACACUUCUACUGCUGCCAUGGUGAUGCCUAUCGCGGAUGCUGUGGCGCAACAGAUCAUCAAGGCUGAAGCAGAGGUCGAGGCCAUUCAGAUGACUUCUUUCGGUGGAUCUACCAACCAUGGCCUGGAAAUCAAUGAAAGUGUUAAUGGAGGACAUGAAACAAAUGAGUGGAAAGAAAAAACAAGUCCAGCUCUAGGAUAUAGUAAUGAUGCAGGGAAAGUUCCAAACAAGACGGAGCUGGAAAAGGAUGACCAGAAUCAGACCAACAGAACUGGUUUACAUACGUCACAGAACUCAGUUACAGGAGCCAAAUAUCGAACAAAGAAGGACCACAUGAUAUGUAAACUUAUGUGCUUGUGCAUUACUUACUCUUCUACCAUGGGUGGACUGACCACAAUCACUGGCACUUCCACCAACUUGAUCUUCACUGAACAUUUCAAUAUGCGCUACCCUGAUUGCCAGUGCAUCAACUUUGGAUCAUGGUUUAUGCUUUCCUUUCCUGCUGCUAUUAUCAUUCUAUUCUUGUCCUGGGUUUGGCUUCAGUGGCUUUUCUUGGGAUUCAAUUUUAAGGAGAUGUUCAAGUGUGGCAAAACCAAAACAGUCAAAGAAAAAGCCUGUGCUGCAGUGAUUAAGCAAGAAUACCAAAAACUUGGACCAAUAAGGUAUCAAGAAAUUGUGACACUGGUCCUCUUCAUUGUAAUGGUCCUGCUAUGGUUUAGCAGAAAUCCUGGAUUUGUUUCUGGUUGGUCUGUGCUUUUCUCAGAGUACCCAGGUUUUGCUACUGAUUCAACUGUUGCCUUAACUAUAGGACUCCUAUUUUUUCUUAUACCAGCUAAGAGAUUGACAAAAACGACAUCCACAGGAGAAACUGUUGCUUUUGAUUACUCUCCACUGAUUACUUGGAAAGAAUUCCAGUCAUUCAUGCCCUGGGAUAUAGCCAUUCUUGUCGGUGGAGGAUUUGCCCUGGCAGAUGGCUGUGAGGAGUCAGGACUAUCUAAGUGGAUAGGAAAUAAAUUGUCUCCUUUAGGUUCAUUACCACUGUGGCUAAUAGUUCUGAUAUCUUCUUUGAUCGUCACAUCUUUAACAGAAGUAGCCAGCAAUCCAGCUACCAUUACCCUCCUUCUUCCAAUAUUAUCUCCAUUGGCUGAAGCCAUUCAGGUGAACCCUCUUUAUAUUUUGUUACCUACUACUCUGUGUACUUCAUUCGCAUUCCUCCUACCAGUUGCGAAUCCACCCAACGCUAUUGUUUUUUCAUAUGGCCAUCUGAAAGUCAUUGACAUGGUUAAAGCUGGACUUGGGGUUAAUAUCAUAGGUGUUGCUGUGGUGAUGCUGGGUCUGUUCACCUGGAUUGUGCCCAUGUUUGACCUCUACACUUACCCUUCUUGGGCACCUCCACUUAGUAAUAUGACCAUGCCAUGACCAGCAUGAAUGUUCUGACUCUCCUGCAGUGAGUUUUGCAUACCAUUAAGAAUUCACCAUAAAAUUUGGCUCCAGAAAACUGACAACACAUUCAAAUCAGUCCUGGCAUAACUACUGUGGCUCCAGUGAAUACCCCAAACCUGCUGCCAUAACUCCGCGUCUACAUUUCCUAUGAGAUGCAACCAAAGAGCAUUUAUUUAUAAUUUGAUCUUCAAAGAGAUUAGGUUACUUGCUACAUCAUACACUUUGGGUUGAGUGUAACAUUUCAAACUCCAAUUUAUUAUGUCAUAAACUUCCCAUGAAGCUAGAAAUAGAAAAUAAAAUAUACAAGUUAAUUAGGUAUUUGGAUACAUCAUUUUUGCAGUGUUUUUCAAAGGGCAUUUGCUGAAAAACCAAAUCUAUGGUCAUCUGGUGGUGCACAUAAAAUAAUCAAUUUAAAUGAAAUGUGCAUUCUCUCACUUAAAAAAUCCAAAUUAGAUUGUUCUUAAUAUGUACAUAUGAUAUGAAAAUUGAAAUAUAAACAAAAGUUCCAGAAUUAUAGCUGAACUCACUAAACAACAGAAAAGCCACAGAAAAGGAUUCAUUUUUCCUUGACCAUAUGGUUAGAUUAAUUUAAUUUAUACCUUUUUGAGCUCAGUGCACUGAGAAAUGCAUUUUGUAAAGUUACUGAUAGGGCUUGCUAUGUUUUGGACUAUUAGCACAGUAUAGUUGGAAAGGAAAGCUAAACACUGUAAAACUAUUAACACAUUUUUGUAUAACAACUUUGCUGAAAUCUUUAUUUUAGAAAUACAUGUAUUUCUGUUAUAUAAAUGUUAUAUGAAAAAGAGGAGAUGUAGAAAAUUUAAGUGAAUUGUCACUGUGUAUACGGACAUAGAAAAAAGUCACAUAAUUCCACUAUAUCAAAACUGAAAUAAAAUACCAAAGAGAAAAUAAAGAAUAAAAAAUUAAAACUGUUGGUAUAUUUACUAAAAGGAAAAAAAAAAUUAUUAUGGGCAAAACACAAUGAAAAAAAAAAUACUGAGCAUUCAAAUAAAAGCAGGAUGAGAAUACUCUCCUAGCACUCAGGAUGUGAAAAAGAUUAAGGUCUACUGGCAUUCAAAAAUUAGAAUAAAGGAAAAAAAUAACAAUCAAAACAAAAUAAUGUGCACAGUUAGUAAAAGAUGGAGAACAUAGCAGUCCUCAUGUUAAAAAUAAAAUGGAAAGCAAGAUUUAAGAAACACCGUUGUUAUUUUUAAUCUUCUCUGGCAUAUUUGCAGAAGUUACCAGACUGGAUUUUUUCUUUUUGCAACUAAGAUUAUUUAUAAAAUUAUUUUGAAAUUAAAUGUAGUACACUUUUUAAAAAUUAACAUAUUUCUAAAAAACUGUGUACAUGAUGAUUUGCCCAUAUUCAUUAUUUGUCUAUGUUAAUCAAUCAAUACAAAAUUAAGCAUUUUUCAAAGAAAAAUUUGUCUAUUCUUAACUUUUAAAAUAUAAAAUUUC